AUGUCGAUCGAUUUGAUGGUUGAUUCAACCCUUCAUCCCGAUACUGGCGAGCCAAUUUUGCUUCCUUUCCGCAUGUCUUGUUUUGUCCCAACGAACAUGGUUCUCGUUCUUGGUAUGCUUACGCCCAACCCUACGAUCAAGACUACCAUCUUCUGGCAAUGGGCUAACCAGAGUGUCAACGUUGCUUUCAACUCUGCCAAUGCCAACAAGUCGACGCCCAUGAACUGGAGCGAAACAGCUGUUGCCUAUGUAUCUGCUGUGACAACAUCCUGUGCAAUCGCUGUUGGUUUGAACCAAGCUGUGCCACGAUUGAAUAUUGCGGCAUCCACCAAACGUAUGCUCAUGAAGUUGGUUCCUUUCACCGCCGUCGCAGCUGCAGGAACUGUCAAUGUGUUUUUGAUGCGCGGCAAAGAAAUCACUCAAGGUAUCGAUGUAUACGAUGAAAACGAUGAGUGCGUGGGCAAAUCAAAGAAAGCAGGUCUUGCCGCUGUUUCUCAGGUUGCUUUGUCGCGUAUCUUGACAAACGCCCCUACAUUGGUUGUCCCACCCUUGAUCAUGGAUCACUUGGCCCAGAAGCCAUUCUUCCAGACUAACCCCAAGGCCUUGCUUCCUCUCAACGUUGGUUUGAUUGCAUUGAGUAUGUUCACCUCUUUGCCUCUGGCCAUCGCCACCUUCCCACAGAUCUCGUCCCUUGAUACUUCUUCCAUGGAAAAGGAAUUCCAGAACUUGAAAGAUGAUAAUGGAAAGCCUAUUAGUCGCCUUUACUACAACAAGGGUUUAUAG